GCAGCAUAGACGAUCUUUGUUAGAAUACGUGUGCGCGUCCCUCCCGUCGACGUGGCGUAACAAACCGCUAGCUUCGCCUUCAUCGCUGCUACUGUUGUACCAGUUAGCCACAACGACUGGAAGCAGCAGUCUUUAGCCUCUGCGAGCUUCGUGUAGUUCGAUUAUUGAUACAUAAUCUCCUCCUGCCGCCAAAAUGAUUUCACUCACGGAUUCACAAAAAAUUGGCAUGGGGCUGACCGGGUUCGGUGUGUUUUUCCUCUUCUUUGGGAUGGUGCUGUUUUUUGAUAAAGCUCUCCUCGCCAUUGGAAAUAUCCUGUUUGUGUGCGGCCUUUCCUUCGUCAUCGGCCUCGAGCGAACGUUCAGAUUCUUCUUCCAGAGACACAAAGUGAAAGCCACCAGCUUCUUCCUGGGAGGAGUGCUGGUGGUUCUCAUCGGAUGGCCGAUCGUUGGAGUCGUUCUGGAGAUUUACGGUUUCUUCCUCUUAUUCAGGGGAUUCUUCCCGGUGGCGGUGGGCUUCAUCAGACGAGUACCUCUGCUCGGGUCUCUGCUCAGUUUGCCAUGGAUCAGUGGACUAGUGGAUAAAAUGGGUGAGAGCAACAACAUGGUAUAACAGAGGAGCAUCAGAGGGCCGCGUCGUUAUUUAUAGUAGUUACUAAUAGAUCCGGUAUACUUUGACCAUUGCCACUCCAGAUCUGGGAAUCCAAACAAAGUGUACCGGUGGAUGUUUGACUGACCUCAUGGUGUUUUCCAUCUGACAGCCACAAUAUUUUUUUCAAUUAUUGUUUUAAGCGCUGGAAGCGGGUCUCCCAUUUUGUAUUAUCCCCGUCUUGACAUUUACGGACUGAUAACGUGGGAACCCGGCAUCAACUGAGCGGAGAGUCUGGAGCUCUCUGCAGCAUCCUCUCCUCUGCAACGUGUGCCUGAACCGCCAGCUUCUUCCUUUGAUGAAACCUUACUGGAAUGUUGUACAUUAAAAAUAAAUGGUAAACCAGGUGUUACUUUGGCAAAGACGGUUAAGGUUAAGAUGCUUUCUAUGGAGGUGUUGGCUGUAACUUUUGUAUGUGCGUAUUUGAAAUAAAGUGUAUUUUAUAAGCUUG